AUGGCUUCUGCAGUUGCUACCGGUGUUCCGCGCCAGAACCCCGCCCUUCGGCGAACCAUGACAUCUACCACCGCGGACACCGAUGUCUCGUCGCCUUCUACUGCUAUCGGGUCUCCAAUCGACUCUCCUCGGCCCUCCGCAUCUUCUACCUCCCUCUCCUCCAUGUCCUCUCUCGAACCUAACAGCGCUCUUCAUGGGAAGCUCAUUGACACAUACGGCAACGAUUUCGAGAUCCCCGACUACACCAUUAAGGAUAUCCACGACGCUAUCCCCAAGCACUGCUUUGAGCGAUCUGCUGUCAAGGGCUUCUAUUAUGUCUUCCGAGACAUCGCCCAGUUGGCCAUCACUUUCUACCUAUUUCACACCUAUGUGACCCCAGAGAAUGUACCGAAUGCCCCGGCUCGUUUUGCCUUGUGGGGUUUGUAUACCUUUCUCCAGGGUCUUUCUGGAACCGGUAUCUGGGUAUUGGCACACGAAUGCGGCCACCAGUCCUUCAGCCCUUCCAAAGUUCUGAAUGACACUGUUGGUUGGGUACUACACUCUUCUCUAUUGGUCCCGUAUUUCAGCUGGAAGAUCUCGCAUGGCAAGCAUCACAAGGCAACUGGCCACAUCGAGCGCGACAUGGUCUUCGUUCCUAAGACCCGCGAAGAGAAGGCCAGCCGCCUGGGCAAGCUCGUUCACGAACUCGCUGAGCUCGGCGAGGAGACGCCUAUUGUGACCCUUCUUACCCUUGCUGGUCAACAGCUUAUCGGGUGGCCCAACUACCUUCUUAGCAACGUCACGGGGCACAACUUCCACGAGCGCCAGAGAGAGGGACGUGGCAAGGGCAAGAGCAACGGCUUCUUCGGUGGUGUCAAUCACUUUAACCCAUCCAGCCCCCUUUUCGAGGCCAAGGAUGCGAAACUGAUCGUCCUAAGUGACGUGGGCUUGGCUAUCACCACUUCAGUCCUGGUCCUGCUCGGCAAUAAAUUUGGUUGGGGAAACCUUUUCGUGUGGUAUUUCCUACCGUACUUUUGGGUCAACCACUGGUUAGUUGCCAUCACUUUCCUCCAGCAUACCGACCCGUCUCUGCCUCAUUAUAAGCCUGAGUCAUGGAACUAUGUCCGUGGCGCUGCUGCGACAAUCGACCGCGAGUUCGGAUUCAUCGGUCGCACAUUGAUGCACGGCAUCAUCGAAACACACGUCCUUCACCACUACGUCUCCACUAUCCCAUUUUACAAUGCCGACGAGGCUAGUGAAUCAAUCCAGAAGGUAAUGGGUCGCCACUACCGGUCGGAUACCAGGGGUGGUUCGCUUGGCUUUAUCAAGGCCAUGUGGCGCAGUGCCAGGAUGUGCCAGUGGGUUGAGCCUAGUGAGGGCGCCAAGGGUGAAGGAAAAGGUGUCCUAUUCUUCAGGAACUCGAAUGGCUUGGGCACAAAACCGAUGAAGAUGAGCCCCCCUCAGAAAGAGAUGAAGAUCGGCACAGAGGAGUAA